AUGGCAAGCUUAUUUUCUCCUAGACCAACUUCUAGCCAAUCUACUUUUUCUUUUAAAUCAAAUGAAUUUAUGUCACCUAAAUUAAAAAAAUCUACUCCUACUUUGGUGUAAAUGAGUAGCUGUAAAUAAAGAGUGCUUUAUACAUCUCCACAACAUACAGAUUGUACUCGUCCUUCUAGUGCAUUAUAAGUUAAUGAACUGAGCAAAAAAUUAGGGAUUUUUGAAUAUCAAGAUGAGGUACUUACUAACUCAACUCUUAAUUAAACGAGGCCUUCGUCAAGACAAUCAUCAAUAAUAUUAAACUAAAUGUCUUGUAUAAUUAAACCAAAAAAAGCUAUGUCUGCUGUAUCAAGCUAAAAAUCCAAGAAAUCUCCCUUGCUGAUAUACAAAGAAAAUAUUACAUAAUUAGAAAAUAAUUUCAACAAUUUGGAGUUAGAUUAAGAUUACUCAAAACAGUACUCUAUCAUCUAACUCUAAAAAUAGUAAAAAAUAAAUGAAAAAAAAAAAGAGUCUUGUCCUUUUGAAGCCUUUUCAGCUUUUAGAAAGGAGUAGAAUGCAGGUAUUAAAAGAGUUAAUUCAAAUGUAAGCAACUAGCUAAGUAUAAGUGCAAGUAAAUUUUUUAGCAAACCAAUAUGUAUAGGAUCUCCAACUGCAAAUUAUAAAAGUUAAAGAAAGGAAUUAUCGAAAUCUACAUCUAUAAACUGCACUGAAGCUGUUAAAAAUAAUAAUCAGCCUAAUAAAGACCCUAUUAAUUAAAUAAAUUAUGUUCUUGACGUAUAAGGAUAAAAGCGUCCAGAAGAUGUUCCCAUUUUGGCUGACUCUAAAAAGAUGAAAAAAAAUUAAUAUAUAAUUAAUUUAUCAAAGAGUUAUUAAUAAAAUCAAGUAGAUAAUACUUCUACAGAAUAAGGCAAUUAGGAUUCAUAAUAAUUAGCCAAAGAGAGAAUAAUAGAUUAACGUUUAUCUAUAUCUCCUUCUUUUAUUAUGAAUUUUGAUUUAAAUAAGAUUUAAACUUAAAAGUUUAUGAAAAAUAACUAAAUUUUAAAUACUACAAAUGCUUAAACUGAAUAAACUCCUAGAAGCUCUAAUAUUUCUACUUAAAAAAACACAUGUAACACAGACAGGAAUAAAUUUAGUUCUUAAUAAAAAUAGAAAACAACUGUUAAUUACUAAAAAAUAGCAAAGGAACAAUCCAUCUAAUCGGCUUUAGCUAAAUUUCAAUUAUGGCCACCAGCAUCCAAUUAGAAAACUUAAGAAAUUAAUUCAACUCCUUAAAAAGAUUAAAAAAUUAAAUUUAAAGGAGAAUUUAACUUUAUUAAGUAAAAAUAUGAAGAGCCAAAUUAAAUAAAGUAGUAAAAUAUGGAGACCGAGAAUAAAGUAGAUGAAGAAAGAAUAUUAGAACAUAAAACAGAAGUGCAGUAAAUUUUGGAAUAAAUUCCUGAUUACAAAUUUGACUCUAAUAAUAAAGCAGUGUCUAAUCAUUUGAAUUUGAAAGCCAGAAAGAUAUUUUUGUAUGAUAAAAACCCUAGCGUUCCUUUAAUGUAAGUUCAUUUCUCAAAAAAAGAAGUAGAUCCUAUUUAUCGUAGAAAUGUGUAAAACAAUAAACUUAAAUAUUGUGAAUAAGCUGAGUUUGUUGGAAACUUAGAAUUAAAAUAACCUUAAAAGACUAAGACUUAAAAAAAGACCAUCAAAAAGAAAAAAAUAGAAAACGAAGUAGAUCGCUUUCAAGAGUAUUAGGAUAUUAUUAGGAAAGAUUAGUAGGAGAAAGCUGAAAUUAGAGAAAGAAAUAGAUAGUUAGCUUUGUUAAAUUUUAGCGAUUUUAGCGAUGCAUAAACUGAAAAAAUUCUUGAUGAUGAAGCCAAACCUGAAGAUUUAUUUUCUGGAGCUUCUAAAUGGAUAGAUAAAUCUCCAGUUAGUGAAUAUAUUGAAUAAAAAUUUCCUUUAGUUAAAAAUUAUGUAGAUAAAAUAUGGAGUUAUUAUAAGUAGCAUGAUGAAAUUCAAGAUUUUGGUGAUAACAACGGAUCAAAAAAUAACCCUAAAUCAAUUAAAGUCAUUGACGAUUAAGCUGAAGAAAUAUAAAAAAUAUAUAAUCAGAUUAAUAGAAUGAAUUCAGUAUUUUCUUAAAGAUUAGAAGAGAUACAAAAGUAUGAAAACAAGAAUUUAAUAGACGAAUUCUUAAAAACUAACGAUGAAAGAUUAACUGUGCAAGAACUGAAUUUAAUAAUUGAUUAAUUCACCUCACCUUAAAAUUAAAUAGAUAUCAUGUUUGUAGAUUAAAUACUUACUAAGUUGAAGUUUUUCUCUAACUUUAAUCCUUAGACGAGAAAGCAACUGAUGAAAUUAGGUAAGCUCAUUAAAAAAGAAAAAGGAGAGAUAGUUUUUAAUCAAGGAGACUUUGGAGAUUAAAUGUACAUUAUACUUUUUGGAAGCUGUAAUGUGUAAGUAAAAUACGUUAAUGAUUAUGGAGUAGAAAUAGAAAGAGUAGUUGCGACCCUUUACGAUGGGUAACAAUUCGGUGAAUUAGCGAUGAUGAAAACCACAACAAAGAAGUAAAAAUAAACUGAUGCAGAAGUUAACUUAAAAGAAAAAUAAUUGAAAGAUAUAAGAAAAAAACUAAUUAGAUAUGAUGGAAUAACAAAACUUGAACGAAAUUACUUAAGAAAAGGGAUUAAAAAAACAAGGAGCUGGCUAGAAUUUGAGUAUGACAGAAACUAGAAAAAAAAUGAGGUUGAAACCGAAGAAAAUACUAAUCAAUAAUUUAAUGAAUUAGAUGAAGAUAAUCAAAUGAAAAAGUAAAAUAAAGAAAUCUUAGAAAGAACUAAGCGUGCUGCAACUAUUUAGAUGAUUGAAGAAAGCUACUUGAUGAGCAUUUCUAAAAGCGAUUUUUAGCUUGUUUUAAUGAAUUUAAUGCAAGCUGAAUUAGAUAAUAAAAUUAAAUUGCUAAGUACAAUCCAUCUAUUUGAUAUGUUUUAGCCUUUUGCUCUUAUUCCUUUAGCUAAUUUACUGAAGACUAGAAAAUAUGGAGUAAAUGACUUAAUAGUAGAAUAAGGCAAGCCUCUAAAAUUCUUUUAUAUAGUAUCCUAAGGAAGAUUGAAAGUUCUUCGAAUUGAAAAGACAUCUAGGAAAUUAAAAUAGUAAAUCAAACCAAAGAAUAUGAUCUUUUCCAUUAUGAAAUAUAAGGAAAAUGAAGAAGAAAAGAAAGAAAAAGAUAAACUUAAAAACCAUAUACAAGAGAUAGAAGAAUAGCCCAUUUUAAAAGAUUAUGAUUCUAGUAGCUUUGACUCAGAUGAUGAUAUUGAAAAUGUGGAGAGAUUACUCAGAGAUUCAAAGUUAGCCAACACUGAAAAAGUUUUUGAUUACUAAAAGUUUGGUAAACCAGACAAAGAAAUAGUAUUUUACAAAAAGUUUGUGGAAUAUGGUAGUUUUUCAUAAGGAGAUUACUUUGGAGGUAGAGUCUUAACAGGCAAAAAUAAAGAUGAUAAUCCACAAGGACUGGCUCAAAAAGCAGUGAUAGCUGACACUAACGAAGUAGAAUUAUAUGUUCUUGAAAAAAAUCAACUACAAUAUUUACCACAAUUUAUAAAAGACUGGUUAAUCUAAUGUUUAGAAUGUACUUAAGAAUUUGAUGACCUUGAUAAAAAAACAGAGUCUUAAAAAAAUAGGAAUUGGGAGAAUUUUAAAGAAUAAAUGUAUGAAAUCACUUCUCAGCAUUUAAAGCAAUAAAUUGAAGUUUAAAAAGCUAAAAUAUGGUGA